UUUAUAAUCCAAACCCUAGAGCGCAACUGGCUCCUCCACCUCGCAGACAUCCCCGAGCAGAAGCCGCCGCCGACGACGCCGCUCCUCGCGACGCCGCUACUUCUCCUCGGGGUGCAACCAUGGUGGCCUCCACGAAGAAGACGAAGAAGUCCGGGGACAACAUCAACAACAAGCUGCAGCUUGUCAUGAAGAGUGGCAAGUACACGCUCGGCUACAAGACCGUCCUCAGGACCCUCAGGAACUCCAAGGCAAAGCUAGUGAUCCUUGCUAAUAACUGCCCUCCACUUCGCAAGUCCGAGAUUGAGUACUAUGCUAUGUUGGCGAAGGUCACUGUCCACCACUACCAUGGAAACAAUGUUGAUUUGGGAACUGCCUGUGGUAAAUACUUCCGAGUCUGCUGCUUGAGCAUCAUUGACCCUGGUGACUCCGACAUCAUCAACGCAACACCAGCUGGCCAGUAAACCUGUGUGCCAUUUUCAGUAUCUUGUCUGAUGUGUCAUCUGGGGUGUUCUAGAGUGUAGUUCUUGCUGGACUUGAUUUGGUCUUGUGUACAUCAUUUAUCAGUCAAUCAAGUUUCAUGGGACUAUCGGUUUGGAUCAAAA